CGGACCAACCUGUCAACAAUAACAAAAACAUUCGUUUUCCUGCCAAACAUGGCAUAUAUGCACAAUCAAGUUGUGCUGCGAGGUGUGAUCUCUUCAUACCCGAAGUCUUAAGAUCAAUUUUAAAAAUACAUAUAUGCAAAUUGAAAUCAGUAACAAAUUCUAAUAUGGCUUUAUCAUUCAAUAUAAAAUACUUCAAUGGUUUUCACCGUGCGGUAAAUUGCUGUAAACUUCUUUCAUAUGAGCCUUGUAGGCACUUGUCCCGACUUCAAUUUCACACCAACUCGGUAAAACUGGAAGAUGGGGCAUCUGGCGCUGGCAGUGGAGGCUUUGGCCCACCGUUUGGUCUGGAAUUUGGUGAUGAUUACUUGUCAACAAACUAUGGAUGCCUAAGUGAUUUGGUGAACAUCAGCUCAACACCCCCAAAGAAUGCAAGGGUUGUGGUGUGCGGUGGAGGAAUGGUUGGCACUGCCAUCCUCUAUCAUCUGGCAAAACUUGGCUGGGCCAAUGAUGUUGUUCUUAUUGAUAAAGAGAAUCUUGGAAGUGAAACUUCGUGGAGAGGCUCUGGAUUCCUAGGAGGUGUGAAGCUAAGCAAAGUGGAGAUGCAGACACAAAUAAGAACUCAGGCUUUGGUGCAGGAGCUCAGUGAACAGGGGCAUGACACAGGGUGGCAGCAGACCGGCUCUCUUCACUUAGCACGUUGCAAACCAAGACUAACCUACUUCAGGAAAAAGAAAGCAAUUUCUCAAGCUCGUGGCACUGAAUGUCACAUGCUAUCACCUGAAGAAGUAAAGGAUCUAUGCCCACUUCUCAACACUGAUGACUUAGUGGGGGGAAUGUGGGUGCCUCAUGAUGGCGUUUGCCAUCCUUACAAGCUCACUCGCACUCUCAUGCAGCUCGCCAAUAAAAUGGGUGCUGAGGUCGUUGAGCAAUGCGAACUCAGCAAAGUUGUUGUGAAAGAUCACCGCGUGGUGGGCGUCGAGACAAAUAAGGGCAUCAUUGAGUGCGAGAUUUUUGUCAAUGCUGCAGGCACUUGGGCCAGGCACGUCGGUCUGCUCAGUGAACCGUGCGUUAGAGUACCCAUACAUCCCGCCCACCACUAUUGCCUUGAGACCUUCCCUCUUGACAAUGUCAAUUUCACAAUGCCAGCAAUACGCGACCCUGAUGGCUGCAUCUACUUGAGGGAGUAUUGUGGAGGCCUCAUGGCUGGCACUUUUGAACUCAACUCCAUACCUGCCCUCGUGCCUGGCAUCUCAGACUUGCGGUCCCCAACGGACCGUGUUGUGGGGCCGGACUGGGACCACUUCCAGCCGGCGCUGUCGCAAAUCCUGCGCCGUGUGCCGUCUGCGGCAAGAGCCACCCUCAGGAAACUCGACAACUCUCCCUGUGGAUACUCCCCUGACGGCAAAUGGAUCAUGGGGAUGAGUGCUGAGGUAGACAACUACUACGUGGCGGCAGGCCUGAAGAACGGCGGCAGCAAUGCAGCGCUAGGGCUGGGGGAGAUGCUGGCCGUGUGGAUGACGGAAGGUGCGCCUCCCAUGGACGCAUACGAGCUCGAGGUGUCGCGCUUCCUGCCUGCCCAUAACAACUACAAGUUCCUGAGUGACCGCGUCACGGAAGUUCCUGGUGCUCACUACCACAUCCAGUACCCGUUCCCGGACUUCCAGUCCGCGCGCUGCUUGCGGAUGUCGCCGAUCUUCCCGCGCAUGAAGCAGCAAGGCGCCGUCUUCGGCCAGGUCAUGGGCUACGAACGUCCCAGCUACUUUCAGGACCUCAAUUCUUCUGACGAUCGUCAAGAAGCUCCAUUCACGCCCACAAAGAACGACUCCUUCAGUCUGCCACCGUGGUUCCAGUUCACAGAACGGGAGUAUAAAGCCUGCAGGGAAACUUGCGGAUUAUUGGACUAUUCUUCUUUCAGCAAAUUUGACAUUUACUCACAAGACGAGAGCGUGGUAUCUUGGCUACAGUAUUUGUGUAGCAACGACGUAGACAUCCCAGUAGGUGGCAUCAUCCACACCGGCCUGCAGAACCAGUGGGGCGGUUAUGAGAAUGAUUGCAGCCUCGCCAGAACUGCUCCCAAUCAUUACAUGAUGAUCGCUCCAACGAUACAACAGACCCGGUGCAAUGCUUGGCUGCGGCGUCACGUACCUAAGGAUGGCUCCAUCAUUUGCAAUGACGUAACUUCUAUGUUCACAGCUAUAUGUAUUAUGGGUCCCAAAUCAAAAGCAGUUCUCUCAGCCGUGACGGACUUCGACCUCUCGUUGAAAAGUUUUCCGUUUUUCUCAUUCCGGGAAAUUGACGUGGGCUUCGCUAACGGCGUCCGGGCUAUGAAUCUCACUCACACUGGAGAACUUGGAUGGGUUCUUUACAUCCCCAAUGAGUUUGCGCUUCAUGUGUACGAAAGCCUCCAGAGAGCAGGAGAGCCACAUGGACUGCGCCCUGCAGGCUAUUAUGCCAUGCGUUCCCUGAGGAUUGAGAGGUUCUAUGCUUUCUGGGGCCAAGACUUGGACUCCGCCACGACACCCCUCGAGUGCGGACGUGCCUUCAGAGUCAAAUUAGAUAAGCCUAUCGAAUUCAUCGGCCGCGACGCUCUGCUCCGUCAGCGUGAGACAGGAGCUAAGCGUCUGUACGUACAGCUCGUGCUUGACGACCACGACCACAGGGUGGACGCGUGGCCGUGGGGAGGCGAACCCAUCUACAGGAACGGGCAGUUCGUGGGAGUCACAACCACCACGGGCUACGGCUUCAGCCUGCGCAACCUGGUGUGCCUGGGUUUCAUUCGUCACUACAACAGCAAGGGAGAGAUGGUGGCCGUGGAGCCAGACUAUGUCCUGGACGGGGUUUACGAAGUGGACAUCGCCGGCAUUCGUUACCCGGCGAGUGUUAGCCUCCGGUCUCCAACACUCCCCGCGACUGAAGCUAUUUCAGAUGAGCGAUACUUGGCCACGCAGCUUUUGACUUAGUUGAAGCGAUGUCUUCUAUUUUGGUGCUUCCCAUUACAAAAAAAAUUUAAAUUCUCCAACACUCUUCUUGGAGGAAGUUAUCUCAGAUGAGCUGUGCAGGGCCAUGCAGCUCUAGAUACGAUGACGAAAUGCAGAGUCAAAAAUCAAGUCGAAGAUGUAUUCUAUUUGGGUGCUUCUAAUUUUAGAUACAACUAAAAAGAAUUAUGACUGUAGUUUUAAAUGCGUAAUUCAACCUAGCACGUUCGAAAAUUUUUAUCUAAAAACUAAAACUCUUUGAAAAAUUGAAAAUCAAUUUACAGGCUUUAAAUACUGACUUCAUCGAAUUAAUGCUAGCGUGUUCGUCCAGAGUCAAUUCAUACUUCCAGGGCCACAAUUUAUAUAAGAUCAUACAUUUAAAUUACCUUCAAUCCUUGCAGUUUGCUCUGCCACGUUUGGCUUACAGCAGCGAAGUAACUCAGGAAUCAGGUUAUUCAGGUGCUGCUAUUGCUGAUGCUGCCGUCUUAGUUCUCCAGUCAAUAGCAAUAUUAAAUGAAUUUAAUUUAUAUGCAAGCAUUCUGUGCCAUAGAAAUAGGUUUGACUAGGUAAUAAUUCGUCUGCUGCUAGUAUUAUUCUCGAUGCCUUUGAAUUUUAGAUCAGCAAAGAGGCAGUGUAUAAACUGAUUAGUUCCUAGCUUGUGGAUAUAACAAGAACCAUUGACUGUAUUGUACAGCCAAAAUGUUGAAUUCUAAUUAUUUUGUUUGUGAAAUAUUACUAGAGUUGAGAAAUAUCGAUUCUUAUGUCGGUUCAAGGUAAAAAAUGAAACGUU